ACAUAACCUUAUUUUAUAUUUGUAUAUAAUAUAAAAUUAGUAGUGAAUUAUACUUAAGCUAAUGAUAAUUCUGCAUUAUUAUAAAAAAAUAUAAUAAAUAUUAUGAAUAAAUAGAAGGAAAUGCAGAAAAUGUCUUUAAAAAAAAUAAUCUUCAAUGUAUCAUUGAGUUUAAAAUUUCAAAAUAUCAAUAUAAGAUAUUAUUGUUCAAAUAAGAUUCUUGAAUCCUCUGAAGAAAAACCAGUCUAUUUAGAAGAAACAAAAGAUAAUUUUGAGUUAGAAAAAAAAAGAAAUAAAUCAAGAUUAUCAUUUGCUGAUAGAAAUAGAUUGUUUGAACAAAAACCUUACAAUGAACCUAUAGAAUGGUAUCAUAAUACAAUCAAGUACAAGAAACGAAUAUUAGGAAGAUAUGGAAUGGCAGCUUUAGAAGUACCUGCAGGAUUGGCAUGGCCUAUACCUGAAGAAGUAGAAGAACAAAAAGAAUAUGAAAAAAUUGCCUUUUCUUUAAGUAUCCAAGAAAGAUUACAAAAGAUUAAAGAAGAAAAGAAAAAGAAAGAAGAGAUUUUAAAAGCUAGACAAGCACAAAUAGCUAAUAAAAUGUCAGAUAUGAAAAAAUUGAUAACACAAAUAAAAAUAAAAAUUGCUGAAAAAGAAGCAGCAGAAUUAGAAGCUAAAAAACGAAAGGAACGUAAAAUUGAAGAAAUCAGACGUCAAUUGAUAGCUGAAGGAACUAUUUCCGAACAUUCAUUAACAGAAGCAAUAACUUUAGCAGAAAAAGAUGAGAAAAAGAAAAAGAAGGAACUUAAGAAAGCAAAGAUGUUGGAGAGACAAAAAAGAUUAGCAGAACGAUUAAUUCAAGCACAACAGCAAAAUGAAAAUCUUGAAACUGAAAAUAAAAAUGAAGCUGAUUCUAAAAACAAUAAUUAAAAAUUUACGAAAUAGACAUAGUUUGAUGAAAACGUAUUGUAUUGUAAAAUAAUUUCUACAUAGUAAAAUGAACGCUUUACAAACAUCCA